GUAACAGAGAGCCAGUUCAAACCCGAAAAGCGCGAAUCCCGGUUCUAGCGCAUGCGCAAAGACUCCAACGUCACUGUAAGUGCAAGUAGCCGCGCUUCAGUUAUUACAAGCGCAAGUACUGGACAAUGGAAGAAGAAACAGACGGACCCCCGUUCGAUGACACGGCCGCUGUUGCUACUAACUGGAUGUGCGACUUCAUGUUCGCCAGCAUGUGUUUCUACUUCAGAGAAGAUCGAACGGAGGAUUUCCAGAGAAGCACACACAUGCUGGAAUGGCUGCUAGAGGGUUCUCAAAAAAUAGACGCUCACAGGAAGACAAUACCUAUUGCGCAGUUUCUUAUGCGAGUGGCCGAAGGAAAAAAUCUGGAUUCUCAGUUUGACACGGAUGAGAGCCUUACACCUUUAGAAACCGCUUUAAUGGCUUUUAAUCAAAUUGAAGAAGAGGAGGAUCUGAAGCAUCUCCAUGAAGAAAUUGAACUGCUUUUGAAAGUGCAGGCAGUGGUCACUUGCAUGGAAAAAGGAAGAUUUAAGCUGUCCGCAGAAAUCCUCGACAGACUUUUUAAAGAAUCUGGAUCAAACAAGUAUUUGAGAAUGAAGUUAACAAUGCUGAUAGAGAAGAAAGAUCCAUAUCAUGAGUUUCUACAAAAUUUCACUUAUGCUCAAAUGAUGAAGAAAAUAAAAUCGUACAUCGCCCUUAAGAUGAAGGAAAGGCCAUCUGUUUUUCUCUUAAAGGCAGCAGCCAAGGUGGUGGAAGCUACAGCAAAAGAAGAACUGGAUCUUCAGAGUCAGGAAAGUGAAGAUUGUGAGCAGCAGACAAAUGAAAGUUUGGAAAAUAAAGACGAUAAUUCAUCAAGCGAAUAUGAAGAGAGAGAUGUGCUGUCAUUGAGCAACAUUAACCAUGUGGAAAAUAAAGAAGAUAUUUCAUCAAGUGACUAUGAAGAAGCAGCUGAGCAGUUGAAAGUAUGUAACAGAGACAUUAACCAGAAUGAACUAACAAAUACUACGAACAUACAGGAAACAACAGAAAAAUCCACAAAGAGGCACCAGAGACGUCUGUUUUCUAUAGCACAGCGCACACCUUGGAAUCCAGAUAAACCCUGCACUAGUAAAAGAUUACUGAGCAGUAUAAACAUAGGAAAGAAUAGUAAAGAGAAUCAAGAAAAUGUCAAAGAUUCUAGAACGGAGAAGCCGUUAAAUUCUAAAAAGAGACAGCACUGGACAUGGGAAGAAGAUGAGCUUUUGAAAAAAGGAGUAAGAAAAUUCGGAGUUGGAAACUGGAGCAAAAUUCUCCUUCAUUAUGAAUUUCGGAACCGUACAGGUGUCAUGUUGAAAGACAGAUGGAGGACCAUGAAGAGAUUAAAGAUUGUUGACAGUGAUUGUGACCUCUGAAGGCAAUUACUUUUCUAUGAGAGUG